AUGGAGCAGACGAUAGUGCAUGGCGACACUCAACUUCUUCCUCAAGAAAUCAUCAGAAACAUUCUCAAACGACUUCCUGUAAAAUGCCUAAUCCGAUUUCAAUGUGUCUGCAAACAUUGGAAACAUCUCAUCAAGAGCCCGUCCUUCAUCCAAGACCAUCUCCACCACUCCACUCAUCACAACUCUUCUCUUCUUUUCCAACGCCAUGGCAGCGAUCGAGAUGUUCCUUUGGACUUAUGCUUGCUCGACUGCGAGAAGCAACUCCAUGAAGUUCAGAGAAUUCCUUUGGAUUCCUCUUUGCAUGUUAGGAUCGUCGGUUCCAGCAAUGGCGUGCUUUGCGUCGAACGUUCUAGUUAUCAUCGCAUCCAUUCGCUUUUCUUGUGGAACCCAGCGAUUAGAAAGAUCAGACAGGUGCACAGCAAUGUUUAUGAUUUUGAAGGUCGUAUCCAUGUAGGAUAUGGGUUCACUUCAACAGUUAAUGAUUACAAGAUAUUGAGAAUUUAUGUUCCUGAAGAGGAGGAUGAGGCUGAUCGAGUCGAGGUUUAUUCAUUGAGCACACAGAGAUGGAAGGAAGUAAAAUUUGGGAACUUAAAGGGUCUAAAUCUUUAUUCGGGAACUGUCACUGCUAAUGGAGCUAUGUUUUGGCUUGGGACAAAGCUAGAUAUGGAGGAGGAUUUGGUAGUUUCAUUUGACAUAGCAAUGGAAGCCUUUACGUUGAUACCGCUGCCUGCUUUAGACAAAAGUCAUAAGUAUUCAGGCCAUAAGCUUGCUGUAUAUGAGAACAAGCUUGCUGUGAUUUCUUUUAUACACAACUGA